AUGCAGGUGGAAUCCAUACCUGUAUCAACUCCAUUACCUGAAGCACCGCUUCCACAACCAAUAGUACCUUCUUCAGAAUCAUCAGAAAUUACUAAUGUACCAUUACCUCCAAUAUCUGAUGAUACUGAACAACCAACAUUUCAUAUCAUGCAACCUCCACCACCUGCAACUAUUGCACCGAAUGAAUUAGCAAUAGCACCUGCACCACCAACCUAUACACAAUUAAUAGCUGUACCAAUAACUUCGGAUCAAACGAUAACACCUACUAUUCAAACAACAACAGCAACAAUCAAACAAACAAAACGAGGUUCUCGAUCUUCUCAUAAUAAUAAACAAAUAACUCGGUCACCAGCUAAACCAGCAACAUUACUUGCUCGACCAAGUACUGGUAAAACAUCAACUAUUUUACCUCAACCACAAAAAACUGUUGUACUUGGUAAUCAAAUGACACCACUUAUUCCAAAACCUGUGUCAACAACAAAUGUUCCAGUCAUCAAACCAUCUGCAACUAAUCAAUCUCAGGGUUUUACUACUUAUUUAGUUGUUGAUGGAAAUCAAGGUCAACUUGUACAAGUUGCUAAUGAUGGUCAAAAACCUAUUACAUUUCGUAAUCAAUCUGGUCAAAUUCUUCAAGCAACACCUAUAACUGUUGUUUCAGCAGCUAAUCAACCUGUUAUACCAUCAUUUCAAACUAAUGGAGAUUCUUCUAUAUUAUCCAAUUCUUCACAAAUAAAUACUUUUCAACAACCUACUGUUACACCUCUUACAACACAACAGUCACAUCAAAAUUCUUCACAAACAGUAACAACUGUUCGUACAAGUUCUACAAUUGAUAUGCAACGAACUACGUUAACAAGUGAUACAACAACAAUGACAACACAACAAUUAACAGGCAUUACACAAUUACCUGCAACAGCAUCUUUAAUUAAUGGUUGUAAUAUUGUAACACAUCAACCAUCACUUCUACAACCAAAUCCAAUACUUCCAACAUCAAUAUUAAAUGGAAAUAGUAUACAAUCACAUGGAAGAGAUCUAUCACCAAUUCAUAAUGAGAAUGAUUCAUCAUUAGAUGAUAUAUCUGCUUUAGAUGGUUCAACAACACCAGAUCUGGGUCUUUCUCUUUCACUUUCACAAAUAGCACGUAAAGCUAAUCAUCGUCAUCGACGUUCAAGCAGUUCAAGUUUAUCGAAAAAGAAACGUGGGCGACCAAGAUUAUAUGAACGUGAUCCAUUCACUAACAAACCAAUCAAAAGUCGUCCAAUGCCUGAAGGUACAGAAUUAACUAUACCAAAUGUAACAGCAACUACAACAACAUUACUAAUACCUGGUCAAACAACAACAACAACAUUUAAUAAUAUACAUCCUCAUACAAAUGGUGGUACUUCAUUAAUUUUUCCAAGUCAACCAAUUAAUCAUACAACUACAAUACCUGUUAAUAAUCCAUCAUUGUUACAACAACAACAACAACAGCAACAGCAACAGCAAUAUUCUUAUCCAUCUUUGCUCAAUAGCAAUGCAUCGUCAACAAACAUGCUUGCUGCGCCAACUUUAAAUAUUUUCGCCGUUAAUAAUAAUAAUAAUCAUAAUAAUAAUAAUAAUAACAAUAUUAGUUCAUGUACAUCUUCAUAUUCUUAUACAUCUCAACCAACAACAAUUCUUCCUCCACCAUCAACAAAUACUAUUUCUCGUUCAUUUAUUCCACCAAUAACUCAAACAAUUGAAAAUCAAGCAACAAUUCCAUUAAAAAAUUUACAAAUUUCAUCAACAUCAUCACCAACAACAAGUUCUCCUCGUUCAUCAACUAUAGCUUCAACAUCAACAACAGUACCUAAUGUUGUUCAAUUAAAUCCUUCACCAAUAAAAUCUCUUAAUCAAACACAAAAUAAUGAUAUUGUGGUUCAUUAUAUUGGUGGUUUUGUUAUACGUGAAAGUAGUCAUCCAUUUCCAAUAGAUGAUAAUAAUGAUAAUUCAAAAGAAUUAAAUAAUUCACAUGGAAAAGAAAAAGAAAAUCAUAGUUUUAAUGAUAAUAAUAGUGAUCUUGGUUCUGAUCAACUUCGUUGUAUUUUAUGUAAAAAAGUUGAUUUUUCAGAACGUUUUUAUAAUCAAGAAAAAAAAUUUUGUUCUAAAUCAUGUUCAACAAAAUCAUCAAAAAUAAUUAAAACAACAAAUGGUAAAAAUCUUGAUCAUAUAAAAACACCACCAAUUAAUGAACCAAUAAGAAUUAUUGAAAAUUCAAUAUCACAACAAACAAUUGAAACAAAUAUUGAUGAACAAAUAUCAUUACCACCUGAUCAUGGUUUACCAGCUGAUCCAAGUAAAUGGACAGUAUUUCAAGUUGGCGAAUUUAUUGCACGUUUAACAAAUAAUACAAUACGUGAGGCUUUUUAUGAAAGUGAAAUGGAUGGUCAAGCAUUAUUAUUAAUGACACAAGAACAUUUACGUGAUACAAUGAAAAUAAAAUUAGGUCCAUCAUUAAUAAUAUCAAGUGAAAUAGCUAAAUUACGUGAACGUGCACGAACAUUUUCAUCGUAA